AUGCGACUUGGAAAAUUAAAUAGAGAAUUAGCUCAACAUUUGGAAACGUUGAGAACACGUAACAGACGUUCAAUUACUGUUAAAGGUCAAGGGUUGAUGUCAAAAACUGAAAUUUUAUGUGCUGCAAAUCGUCACUAUCUAAUCUGCUUUGGUAACAAAGAAUGUCGAGAUGAUUACACAGCCCAUGUGAAUAAUUACUUAAUGUUUAAUUAA